ACCUUUUCCAGGCAUCAACGCCAUUCCUAUCACAGCUGACAUCAGCAAGUUGGUCGACGUGCAGAGGAUGGUUGACACCAUUGUGUCGAAAUGGGGAGCGAUCCACAUCGCCUGCAACAACGCUGGCAUUAACAAGAACUCGGCCAGUGAAGACACCAGCUUAGAGGAGUGGGAUCAGACCUUCAGCGUGAAUCUGAGAGGGAUGUUUAUGUGCUGUCAGGUGGCUGGUCGAGUGAUGUUAAAGCAAGGAUACGGAAAGAUUAUUAACACAGCCUCCAUGGCCAGUAUAAUAGUGCCCCAUCCUCAGAAGCAGAUUUCCUAUAACACAUCCAAAGCUGGAGUCGUCAAACUGACCCAGACUUUGGGAACUGAAUGGAUUGACAGAGGAGUGCGCGUCAACUGCAUCUCACCGGGGAUUGUUGACACCCCUCUCAUCCACUCGGAGGAUCUAAGGCCUCUGCUGCAGCGCUGGCUGUCAGAUAUUCCUGCUGGAAGACUGGCUCAAGUGACAGAUCUGCAAGCCGCAGUGGUCUACUUGGCAUCUGACGUCUCCAACUACAUGACAGGGCAUAACUUAGUCAUAGAGGGUGGGCAAAGUCUGUGGUAGAGGCAGUACAUGAAACUUUUUCCUCACUCUUUUAGAAUUAAACUUGAUUUUUGGAGUUUUACAAGAUGCUGCUUUUCUGUUUGCUGUCUUAAAUGGUACAACUGAACUUUUAACAGAUGAAAACUGUUAGCACAUUUCGUUACACUAUAAUCAAAUCCUUGUAUUUUAUCUUGACAUUUGUGAGACUGGUGUAAAAAAGCUAAUUAAAAAUCUGGAAAGUGU